AUGUCCACUAUUUGGGAAACGAGAAAGUUGAAACGACCUUCAAUAGCCUUAGUCGAGGAGGCCGAUACAUUGCCACCCAAGUCUCUAACGGGCAAGGAGAUGCAAGUCAUGGUGACCACACGUUGCCGCCGCAAGCAUACCUUUCCAUUCUUUGAGCUUCCGAGAGAACUUAGAGACAUGAUCUACGAUGUGGUGUUUGGCGACGAGGUUGACCAAGUAUCUGCUCGUGACAAACGAGAUGACGACUUCAACUAUACCCAGACGGGGGUCCACCCACGUCAGCUGAAGAAAGAUGCUCCAAUUGGUGCCACAGGCUUCUUUCUCCCACGUCGUGGAAACUUUCGAGUCUUAGAAGUGAACCGCCAAAUGCGGCUCGAGUUCGCACCGCUCGUCUUCCAGCGCAUGUUGAUGAAUCUCCGGACGCUCUCUCGAAUGAAUAACGAUCUUCAGUUAACUUGCAGCUUUCUAAAAGGGAUCGGCGAAUUUGGUCGUGCCAAUAUCCGCGGUAAGGGCUUCAGGACCGGCUGGUCGGACCCAGACCUCAGCGCGGAGCUGUCCAACCUUCUCAUGUCUUGCCCGAAACUCUGGUUAGUCAAUGUCAAGAUUCCGGAACGCAAAGGUCUCGGGUCUUCUGUACUCAAACCUGUGUACUUCGGUCGGGCGUGUGGCCUGGAAUGCUUGCGCUCGCUCUUUGGCAUCAUUACAGACAUGAGCGUGGACACCACCAAUGCCCCUCUCAAGAAAUGGUUGAUGGAACUACAGUCGGCCAAGAGGAGUGCGGAGGGGGACGACUCUUCGGAGCUGCAAAAAAGGAGGAAAGCCUGAAAGAUUGACGAGGCUGGAAGCGUCCAAUGGCUCUUGCGCCUGAGCAGCAGAGAUGAGCUACAUGGUAGGGAUGAAUAUUGCGGGAGUUUGAAUGGGCUAAUCUUUCCUGGCAAAAAUUUCCAAUGGAAUUUCCGGAAUGCUAAAGAAGAUAAGUCGUUAGGGGGUGAGCCGACUGAGCUCUUCCAAAUAGCUCUUACACCUGCGUAUCAGACAUAUGGGAUUCAUGGCCACUGGAAUGGUUGGGUUGCGGAAAUCUGGGUAUUUCGAAAAGGCUAAGG